UGUUUUUGCUUUUAAGUUGAAGCUCGCAGCGUGUUGUGUCCGGAGCGUGUUGUUUUCUUUUUUUUUAUUGUUAUUACAUCGCACGCCGAACAAAAAAAAAAAAGCAAAUAAAGGCUAGGCCCCAGCUUUCAAGAUGCUUUCGCUGCAGAAUCAACGGCAACCAAAGACAACGCCUUUGGUGGACGAUUACGAAAUAUCGGACACGGUGCUCGGGCUGGGCAUCAAUGGGAAAGUGGUGCAGUGCACCCAUCGGCGCACCAAACAGAAUUUCGCCCUCAAGGUCCUGCUGGACAACGAGAAGGCGCGACGCGAGGUCGACCUGCACUGGCGGGCCAGCGGCUGCAAGCACAUCGUGAACAUCAUUGACGUCUACGAGAACACGUACAGCGGACGCAAGUGUCUGCUGGUCGUAAUGGAAUGCAUGGAGGGCGGUGAGCUGUUCCAGCGCAUCCAGGAGAAGGCGGACAGCUCCUUUACGGAACGGGAAGCGGCUCACAUAAUGCGCGAGAUAUGCGAGGCGAUUUACUAUCUCCACAGCCGAGACAUUGCGCACCGCGACCUGAAGCCAGAGAACUUGCUCUACACGACAAAGGAGCCGAAUGCGAUACUGAAGCUGACAGACUUUGGCUUCGCCAAGGAGACGUUCACCAACGACACCCUACAGACGCCCUGCUAUACGCCGUACUAUGUGGCUCCGGAAGUGCUCGGCCCGCAGAAGUAUGACAAGAGCUGCGACAUCUGGUCGCUGGGCGUGGUCAUGUACAUCAUCAUGUGCGGCUUUCCGCCGUUCUACAGCAUCAACGGACUCUCCAUAUCGCCGGGCAUGAAGAAGCGCAUACGGUCGGGCCAGUACGACUUCCCCGAUCCCGAGUGGACGAACGUCAGCCAGGCGGCCAAGGAUCUGAUCAAGGGCAUGCUCAAUGUGGAUCCCAGCAAGCGGUUGCGCAUCGAGGAUGUGCUGCGCAACAAGUGGAUAGCCCAGUACGAUGCGGUGCCGCAGACGCCACUCUGCACCGGCCGCAUGCUCAAGGAGGGGGAGGAGACCUGGCCGGAGGUGCAGGAGGAGAUGACGCGAUCGCUGGCCACCAUGCGAGUGGACUACGAUCAAAUGCAAAUCAAGGCGCUGGACAAGUCCAACAAUCCGCUGUUAACAAAGCGCAGGAAAAAGAUUGAGGAAAUCUAUGCGGAGCACAAAAAAUAGAUUUAGCGGCCGCUGCCAGCGUGAACAAACCAAGGCCAAAACCCUUUUUUUCCCCCUUACCCACACACACACACACACACACACGCACACAUGUGGGUCUAUGUGUGCGUGUGAAGAGAUAGAUCAUAAUAAGAUUUAUAUGCCACAUUUGGCGUGCUUCUCUGCAUACAUAUAUAUAUAUAUAUAUAUGUUCAUAUAUAUGUUAUGUAUUUUUUUUUUUGUUCGCCUUACUUAAGAGUUUUAACCCCGCCCCCAACUUGAUUUUGACAAUGUUAAAUUAUACGGUCCUGUCCUCGAUUGUCCCAUGUAUAUGUACGUAUCUGUAUAUCCAUUUCCAGUAAAGGUUUUAAGGGUAUUUCUAUAGUGUGCAAAAACUAAAAAAGUCCUAUCUAUAUAUGUAUAUGUAUCUUAUAACUGUACUAUAGGUCGCUAGCCAUCGACCCGACUACAACACAGACAACUAAACGAAAACAGAGCUUUUAAUCUAAUUUGUAAUGUUUUCAAAUAUGCCCAACAAAAUUACGUCUAUGUCCCCCGACAUUUGCAAGCGAUGUCUGUUAACUAUAUAUAGCAUUAGAUCUGCUCCAGUUGAUGUGUAUGUGUAUAUAUACGUAUGUGUGUAUAUGUAUGUAUAUUGCUUCGCUUGCUGCUGACAGCUCUAUAUACAAUUUAUCAUAUAAAUAAAGUAUUUGUAGUUUAUAAUUUCGAAAGAAAAGCCCCAUCAAUGUUUCAUUUAAAACUUGGACUUCUGUAUAGGUUUAUAGGAUAUAUAUGUAUAGCUAUAUUAUAAGUGAGGGAGAGAGAGAGAGAGAGAGUUCGAUUAUACAUAUGUUUAACAACUAGUUUUUACAUAGUCUUAAACCUGUUCCGACUUUAUCAUAUAAAAUAUAUAUCAUAUUUAACAUGUA